UCCUCCUGUGCCAGACGAGUAGUUAGGAAAGAAAUUGACCUUCACAGAUCCAACCUUUGGACAUGCCGACUAUACAGCUCGUCAACCUGCUGACAUACUACAGUCUUCAGGAUGAGUAAGACUUUGAUCAUCUUUGCGUGUCAUGCUUCAACUUUGUCUCAUGAUUGUGGUAUUCCCUCAGCGUGCCAGUCUUGUGAAAGGUUUCCCAAAAAAGCGAGCAGGACAGGAAGUAUUCUCAGCAAGGACCAUCCCCCAGACAAAAAGCCCAAAAGCGACAAGGCGUCAGUCCCCUCCUCGCAUGAGUUUGAUCCCACAGGGCUUGUGCAGCGUUGUGUUAUCAUCCAGAAAGAUGAGAAUGGCUUUGGGCUGACAGUGAGCGGCGAUAACCCUGUGUUUAUACAGCUUGUAAAAGAGGAUGGAGCUGCCAUGCGAGCUGGUGUUCAGACAGGUGACCGGAUCAUAAAGGUCAAUGGGACAUUAGUUACACACUCAAAUCAUGUAGAAGUUGUAAAGCUAAUAAAAUCGGGCUCCUACGUGGCCCUAACCGUGCUGGGGAGACCGCCGGGUUUGCCUCAGAUCCCCCUCUCAGACGGCGAGGGGGAGGAGGGGCCUCUCUUCUCGCUCACCUCCCCUCACUCCCCGGGGCCCAUCGGUCCAGACCGCUCGUCUUCCUCCCCCAGCCCCUCGGAGUGCAAACCAACCCCUCUGCCUGUAUGGGCCAUGACGGAGGAGCACAGCAGGAACCCUACAACUAAACUACUGAAGGAAAUCCAGGAUGCCAAGAAGCACAUUCCACAGCACCAGGAGCAGCUCAGCAAGCCCACUGGGACUGGACAGGAUGGCUCCUUAUCUCCAAGGCCACGAGAAGGAGAGCAGGAGGUUGGAGGGGGAGAUUUGGAUCGGCCCCCUUCCUGGCAGGGCGAUGCUGGAAUGGUGCCACCAUGGACCAACAAUACCACAACCCCUGUCACUCCCAGUCCUGUCCCAGAGAGCCCAUGCCAAAGAGAGACCCCCUGCCACAGCCCAAAGACCACACCCCGAGACAGCCUCAACUCCUGUCCUUCACCAGACGCUGAAGACACACCUGACCUUGAUUCUCAGUCGAGUGUGGGGAGCCCCUACUCUCGUCCGGUAGCACACAUCAUUGGUGCUGAGGAUGAAGACUUUGACACAGAGCAGGAACAGAUGAAUGGCCAGUGUAGCUGUUUUCAGAGCAUAGACCUCCUGAAAUCUCGGCCUGCUCACCUGGCAGCUUUCAUCCAUCACGUGGUCUCUCAGUUUGACCCUGCACCGCUGCUGUGCUACCUCUAUGCUGAACUUUACAAACAGACCAGCUCCAAAGAGACACGGCGAAUCCUCAUGGAUACCUUCUUCAUAGACAAAACAGCUAGCUUGAAAGUAACAGUGCCCGAAUCCAUCAUCGCUGACCUGGAACGGACUGCACACUCAAUUAAUACGGAACGGAAGAGGCCAGAGCCCAUCUCAGAGGAUGUCCACCGACAGUAUGUGCAGCAGCUGCAGGACACACUUCUACCUGACAUCCAGAAGAACCUAGAAGACUUCAGGCACAAGCGCAGUAUGGGUUUGACCCUGGCUGAAGCGGAUCUAGCCCGCCUGGAUACAGAGAGAAUGAGAGACCGCGUGGCUCUGGAAAAAGAGCGAUCCUGUGCAGAGCACAUCAUCUCUAAGAUAGAAGAUGUACUAUUGACGUCACAGGCCACAGAGGAAGAUAAGUGUAGCACCAUGCAGUUUGUGAUACUGUCGUAUAUGAAGCAGCUCGGUGUAAAAGUGAAGGAGUCUCGAGGGCUGGAGCACAAGCCCAAGCUAAUGAACCUUUUCCCUAAGAUAAAGAAAAGUAUAAAGCCAGAGAAAGAUGGAAGCGAGGAGAAAUCGAAGAAAACAAGAUUUUCUAGUGUCUUUCCUCAGAGACGGCCGAGCAGGAUUGAUGCUUCAUCACUCAGCAAGGCUCUGGAGCCGAAGCAGCGUCCGACAAAGCCUCAGCUGCCAUUGGGCACUGGAGAGCAGGCAGACGGGUCUUCUCCUCCCGUACGGGGCAGUCAGUCCAGUGAGGGCUCAGAUGGCACCACUGGCCUGGUCACGUUACCCCCUUACAGCGCUCCAGCAGCACAGGGCACAGAUGGCAUCAGCCGAGAGUCGGAGACUGACAUGCGUUUUGAUGAGCAUGUGUUCUCAUUGCGUUUGCUGUGUUUGUACAGCAGGAUGGAGCCACUGGGCUCUGGAGAGGUGCAGAGUGAAGAUGAUCAGUGUGUUGAGGUGGAGCUAGAGCCUCCUAACUGGCAGACGCUGGUGAGCAGAGACGUCCUGUCCACACUUACCCCUCAGGAAAUCAAGAGACAGGAAGUCAUCAACGAGUUGUUCUACACAGAGAGAGCACACGUUCGAAUGAUGAAGGUUCUGGAAAAUGUGUUUUACCAGCCGCUGAUCAGAGAGGCCAUCCUGCCUCCUGCAGACAUCAAAAACAUCUUCAGCAACCUUGAGGAGAUCGUUCAGCUGCACGUGUCUUUAACGGAACAAAUUACUGCAGUUCGGAAGAAAAAUGAGACUGCGCUCAUUGACUCAAUAGGAGAUGAUCUGCUUUCCUGGUUCAGUGAGGAAGAGGAGGCAAAGAUCAAGAGAGCUGCAGGCACAUACUGCAGUAAUCAGCCUUUCGCCCUGGAACUCAUCAAGAGCAAACAGAAGAAAGACCAGCGCUUCAACUCCUUCAUACAGGAGGCAGAGAGUAACCGUCAUUGUCGCAGGCUGCAGUUGAAGGACAUUAUUCCUGUGGAGACUCAAAGACUCACAAAGUAUCCCCUCCUGCUGGAGAACAUCGCCAAAUACACAGAGGAUCCUGAGGAGAGAAGUAAAGUGAAACAGGCUGGCGAAUGCUGUCGAAAUAUUCUCACUCACGUCAACCAGGAGGUGAAGGAGGCUGAGAACAAACAGAGGUUGGAGGACUACCAGAGACGACUGGAUCUGUCCUCACUGAAACAGAGCGAGAACACCAUGAUCGCCGAGUUUAAGAACCUGGACUUGACUAAGAGGAAGAUGGUGCAUGAGGGGCCGCUGUCCUGGAAGGUCAACAAAGAUAAAACUAUUGAGCUGUACACAUUGCUGCUGGAGGAUAUAUUGGUGCUACUUCAAAGGCAAGAUGAGAAGCUAAUCUUAAAAUGCCACAGUAAGAAUCUGGCGGGCACUGCUGAGACCAAACACAUCUUCAGCCCCAUCAUCAAACUCAGCACCGUGAUGGUGCGCUCCGUCGCCACCGACAACAGGUCAUUCUUUGUUCUCUCUAUGUCUGAUAAUGGAGCCCAGAUCUAUGAACUAAUGGCCCAGACCGUAUCUGAGCAAAAGACGUGGCAGUGUCUGAUAACACAAAGAGCAGACUGCAUGAAGACCAAACUACAGAACAUCAUUCCAUUACCUCAGACUGAUGGGGAACAUGAAGCGGUCGAGUUGAUGAACUCUGGAGUUCAGAAACUAAACAAAGACUCUGAGCCCAUUUCUUUAGUGAGCAUUCAGUCUCCAGAAAAAGAUGGCACUGAGGUCAUGCCAACCCCGCCAUGUAGCACCAACCCAUUUGAGACCAAAUCUGAUGAGGAGGAGGAUGAAGAAGAAAAUUCACUACAGGAUCAAGCUGAGGAUGAGGAAGCGUUCAUAGUGGCCAAUAUGACCGAUCGACUGACAUUCCUGAAGCAGCGCUCGAGGCUGGGCAUCGCCAUAGACGAGGACGAGGCCUUUGAGCUCCAGCCACUCAGAGCCGAUGAAGCUCUCAGAACACUGGCAACACUGAGGCAGCUCCUGAUCAACCACAUGUCCAGUCAGGAGGACACAGACAGAGAUAGCGAAAGACGAGAGCAACAGGAAGAUGCAGCGAGGACGGGCUCUCAGCAGAGGUCAGAGGACAGCACUGCGAUCAGCUCCACUGUUGAGAAUGGCUCAGAGAGGGGCGAGAACAGAGGGGAGAACGCACAGGAACUGCCCUCCGGAGACACAGGCUUCUUUGAGACGUCUGAGGAUUGUGUCUCAGCAGGCAGUUACAUGGUUUUGGAGGUGUAUGGCGGCUCAGCCGAGAGCAGCACAGAUGAUGACGUGCAGGGCAGCAGCGGGGAGCCAGUGGCCGGGGGAGACUCAGGCAUUGACUUGAAGAAGCUCCUCUCUUCCUCCUCUCAGAGCAGCGGAGGACCAAACCUCAAUAGACGGAUCAUGACACACAUACGUCUACUACAGGCCAACCUGCAGCAUCUGAAGGAUACAGAAAUCAAGUAUAAUCAGCUACGCCAAAGGCUAUCAGAGGAAACAGCUACUGACACGGAGGAAAACAAAGGUAAAAGUUUCAUGUCUGUUUACUGAGACUGAAGGAGACACAGAGACACUGGGCUGCUCCAGUCCUGCUCCUCCUCAAACAAUGCUCAUGCAUGGACAGAGACAGACAGAAUGGACAGGAGAUCUGGAGUUUCUGUUCACGCUCACUGUACAGGACGACCCCAAUCACUCACUCCAAAUCUCUGUCCAUCUGCACCUCAGCAUGGUCAUGGUACUUUGAGAAAGACUGCCAUGUAAGGACGUUUCAUCACCUCUCACUCCACCAUCUGCAUUCAGAAGACGGAAGACACAAAGCAGCAAACCUCCGUCACUAUCAAACCCAUGCGGUCCUGAUCAACCAGGAUGGAUGGAAAAGAAAACCACAAGAUUUGAGGGUAAACUUAAAGAGUGGAUCUACAAAACUUCCCCAGGUUGCAUGACAUUCCUUCAUGAGGUUUGAUGACUUUAGAGUCAAUAUUAACCAAUGGCAGUGCAGCAUGAGUGGUCACAUGAUCUUUACUAAAGUAGCUCCACAGAUCUUUGACCUUAUUAGCAUAAUAAUGACGAGCAGCUAGUGCAGACAGAUAUUCACAUAAACCGAAUGCCUGACUUCCGUUUCGAUACGGCGUGCGGUAUAUGUGAUUUUACGAUGUAGAAACCACGUUUGACAACAGUGGUGAGUGGGGUGAAAAACUUCUGAUUGAAGUCCUGUACCGCUAGAGCAUGUUGUUAGAUGUGCGGAGAAUAUUAGCUAUCACAUGAGCCUAAAAUGAGACGUCUCAAAGAGGAACUGGCAGUGUUUGCUGACUGAUGAAGGCAAAUACUAGUAAGGUAAUGGGCCUGAGGAGGAUGGGCUGAUGAUUGUGGUGGUGUCUCUCCUCAUUCCUGCUCUCUUAAUAAACCACAUUAUUCGCUAUUUAAUGAAGCUACUGAAAGCGUUUUCUCUGGCUUGCGGCCACGGGGAAAAGCGGACCUUUCGUAAUGUCGUCGGGUCGAGCUGAUGCGACACUUCUCAGGCAGCUCGGCCCGAUCCGUCUUUCGGAUUUUCUUGGUUUUGAGAAUGAAGUUAAAUAGAAAGAAGCUUCAAUGCAGGAACUUGAUGAAGACCCUUAAUGGUCCAUUUGAAAUGUAAUGUAUUGU